AUGGGUGGAUGUAUGGCCAAACCUAAAAAGGCCAAGAAUGGGUCAAGCGAGAAUGAACCUUAUGAACGGAAGCCAAGCUCCACAAAGAAGCGUGGCAGCUCGAAAGCUAGUAAAAAGAGAAACAGCUUGGAUGAAAAAGAGGACUCAGAUCGUAUUGUUGAUCAAACAAGUGGAGAAGACGAUGACGUUACAGAAACGUCUAAAGAAGAAGAUGAAAAACCUGGUUUAGAAUCCGACUCUGAAGAACAAAAUGGGGAAGUUUGCAGUGAGAACAAAUCAAAAAAUAGUAGCGAUGAAAAACAACAAAUUGACAAUAAUUCGGAACAUUUAGACAAUUUAGUUGACUUUGAUAAGAUUCUGGAGACAAUCCGUGCAGAUCGGGAGGAAAAAAGUGAUUCGAAUAUUUCAGAAAACGAAAAUAAUGACGAAAUAUCCAACCCAAUUGUGUCAGAAUCUCUUGCAAGUGACAAACAUGAUAGUGCCAGUGAAACAGGUUCAACUCACAUAUCAGAUGUCAAGACACACAUGGAUUUACUAGUUGAAGAAAUGGGUCUCUCAGAAAAUGACCUGCUGGAAGAAAUUAAAAUAGACUGGACAUCUACUAAAAAUACUAGUGAUGCUCAGACAGAAAGCUCCGUGGUACAUGAAGAUAACAAGAUAAAAUCAGUUGAUUCGGAAUUACAUGCAUCAGCAACUCAACAAUCUGAGUCUACUGAUAACAAACCUAACAAUAGAAACGGUGGAAGUCAUACAGUAGAACGGGAAAAGAUGUUGGAACCAACAGAUACAGCCAAACAGAUUAAAGACGCAUCUGAAAUAUUGAAAGAGGAAAAGGAAUUGCUUAGAAAAAGAUGCAAUAAGCUAAAAGAUGAGAUAAAUAACCUGUUUAAAGUUGAACAGAGUACUGAUAAAGAUAUAAGUGAAGAUGAAAUAUGA